AUGGUUAUAAAAGAUGCAAAAGAGGAGAAAGAGUGGUUAGAAAAGGGACAAUAUGUAAGCCACCUUACACCAGCACAGCAAAACAAUGUGAUUAAACUAGUUGGUAAUCGAUGUUUAGUAAAGUGUUUAAUUGAAGAUGUACCAGUUGAGGCAUUGUGGGAUACGGGUGCUCAGGUUUCAAUAACCUCGCAUGAAUGGGUAAUGAAAAACUUUCCUGAUGUCAAGAUUAAUCCGAUUGAAGAUUUACUGGAGAACAAUUUAGAUCUCAAAGCAGCAAAUGGUUCGUCUAUCCCAUACAAAGGUUUUAUAGAGGUGAGACUUAAAUUAUUGAACUCACAAAUUGGAGAAGAGGUUUUAGUGCCUCUUUUGGUAGCGUCUGAUCAUCUUGAUCACCCUAUCAUCGGAUAUAAUGUUAUUGAAGAACUAGUCAAAUACCCAGUUGACAAGACAAAUAACAUUAUUUCAUCGAUGACAGCAAGUUUUCCCACAGUUGAUUCCAAAAACAGUAAAACUCUUGUUGAACUUAUAAAAACAAAUGAAUGUAGUGAACUGUGUUUGGUUAAAACUAUAAAGCAUGAUGUGUUGAUUCCUCAAGGCAAGACAGUGAGUGUUACUUGUAGAGCGAACACACGGUCGAAUGCAACAAGUAAGCUCCCAGUUCUGUUUGAGCCAGACCCUGAACAACCAUGGCCCACAGGUCUUGAAAUCGAACAGACAUUGACAAACAUAAAUAGUGGGUUCUCCUCCCGGGUGGCUAUUCAAGCGAGAAAUUCCACCGAUCAUGAUAUUUUGCUUCCAAAAAGAACUAUACUUGGACGAUUGCAAUUAGUAAAAUCUGUUACACCUGUUGAAGUUAGGGAAAAGUGCGAUAAAGAAGCACAAGUUAAUGGAGUGUCAGUAAAUGAUGAUAAGUUGAACACAAAUACCCCAAAGACCUCUUACGGUGAUUGGAUACCUGAAGUUGAUUUAAAUGGUCUGACUGAGAAACAAAAAUUAGUCGCUCAACAAAUGCUUCUCGAAGAGUCAGAUUGUUUCUCUCGAGAUGAUGAAGAUAUCGGUUGUAGUGAAGAACUUAAAAUGAAGAUCAAUUUAACAGAUAACAUCCCAGUUCAAAAGAACUAUAAUUCAAUACCAAAGCCCUUAUAUCCAGAGGUAAAACAGUAUAUUGAGGAUCUUUUAAAUCGGAAAUUUAUACGUAAAUCUAAAUCAGCUUACUCAUCACCUGUCGUUUGUGUUAGGAAGAAGGACGGUACUUUACGUUUGUGCGUUGAUUAUAGAGAACUCAACAGACGGACUAUUGCGGAUCGUCACCCCCUACCCAAAGUCCAAACAACACUCGAGAAUAUCGGCGGAAACUCGUGGUUUUCCCUUUUAGAUUAG